UGCAGAUUGCCUUUUGACUGCCAAAAUAUCUACCUGGGACCACACCUUGCCUUUGGAACCAACUCUCUAAGGUGGAGAUGUUUUUGUCUUUGAAGGAUGACCAGUGAAAACACCAGAGGGCAAAGUGGUUUGGGAAAUAAAGAUUUAAGCACAGAAAAACAAACUCUUGAUGUUUUCCCCUCCCAAAGUGCAUGACACAUUGGGGGAAAAAAAGAACAAAAAACAAAGAACGAAACCACAAUCACCAAUGAAAUAAGAGAGGUUAGCUCUUUCAAAAACUCUUAGUCACUAUUCUUCACAGGCAUUGAAGCCAAAACAACAGGGGGAAUUGUUUGGUGGAAUGAGGUACCUAACCAAGUUUGGAAUCUGGUAAAUAAAGAACGAGAAGAUGACCCAAGAAGUUAAUCUGAAUUCCCUCAAGGAGCUGGAACGUGAGAUGGUGCUUCAGGUCUUGUACCGAGAUCAGAUGGUACAAAAGGUCGAGGAGGAAAGGAUAAGGAAACUGAAAUUGCACCUGCAAGAUCUUCGAUGGAGACCAGCAAAGAACAUAAAUCAGGAAAACAAAGAGAAGUUCUGUGCACGAUGUCAGAAAUCUCUGGGUUUGGUGAUAAAUCGAGGAGGUGUGUGUCAGGGCUGCAGCCACCGAGUAUGUUCCGAGUGUCGAGUCUUUCUGAGGAAAACCUACAUAUGGAAAUGCACUGUCUGCUUUGCUGAUGGAGAUGCAAAAAUAAAAACUGGAGAGUGGUUUUUUGAGGAACGAGCCAAGAAAUUUCCAGCUGAAAGCAAACACGAAACAGCUGGUGCAAAGCUCUUGAAAUCUUAUCAGAACCUGAGCAAAAUUUCCGUGGUUCCUCCCACUCCACCUCCUGUCAGCGAGAGCCAUAAUGGAUCCAACACAGGGGAACUUGGUCAGCUUAAAGGAUUUAAUAAAUCGAUGGAAAAUUUGUUUCUCUCUCUUACCACACACAUAAAAAAAAUCUCCAAAUCCCAGAAUGACAUGACUUCUGACAAACAUCUCCUCACAACCAAUUACAGGGAGGGUAUGGACCAGAAGGAGAGGAGGAGCCAAUCUGAUACUGCCAUCAACUUGACAACCAGGACUGCCUUCUUUCCAGAUGAUCUUAAACCCGUUAACCAAGAAAAUUAUGAAAAUUAUGAAAAUCCCAAUUUGCAGCAAGAAAAUAUUUUACCUAUUUCUACUCAUAGCAUCGUGUUCUCUGAUGGCAUCAAACGUGGAAGUUUGGCGAGCAUUAGUAGCACUUGUACAGAAGUGGGCAGUUUUGACAAUGCUAAUGUCACUGGAGAAAUACUAUUUGCCCUUCAGUAUGACUUUAAGGUUUCCACAUUAGAAAUCUGCAUCCAAGCCUGUAGGAACCUAGCCUUUGGAGAAGAAAAGAAGAAAAAAUGCAAUCCCUAUAUAAAGACCUAUCUGCUACCUGAUAAGGGCUCUCAGGCCAAGAGGAAGACAAGUAUCAAAAAGAACACUGUGAAUCCUCUCUUUCAUGAGACUCUGAAGUACCCUGUGGAGUAUUCCCAGCUGCAGACCCGGCUGCUCCAGGUCUCCGUGUGGCACUUAGGAACGCUCACCAGGAAAGUGUUUCUGGGAGAAGUUUUGAUUCCUCUGGCUUCUUGGAACUUUGAAGAUAGUGUAUCCCAUUCAUUCCACUGGUAUCAGCUCAAAGCUAAGAAUCAAAGAACUGCAGAAUCUCAGAGUUGGAAGAGAUCUCGGAAGCCAUCUAGUGCAACUUUUACCUAAAGAACAUCCUCUCAAAAUACAAACUGCAAGUGUUUGUCCCGCCUUGCUUGAAGUGCUCCAGGGAUGGAGGGAGCCAUUCCACCAAGAUCUCCCCCCUCAAUCCCAGCCAUUUCUACCUUGAUAUUGUGCUGUUGGCUGGGAAUUUUUUCCCUAACAUCAAGCCUAAAUCAGGCUUUCUGCAUCUUGUGUCCAGUGUCUAUAAUUCUGCUCUUUCAGGUCAAAUAGGACAAGUAACAGCCUUCUGAUCCUCAAAGAUAGCUACCACGUCUUCCCUGCCCUCUCUGGUUAAACAUUUCUGGAUCCUCCAAAUGACCUUUAUGUGUAUGGUCUUACUGCCUUUCAUCAUCCUGGUUAUUCUCUUCUGGAUGCACCUGUUAAUGUCCUUAAAAUGUAUGGCCCCCAAAUGAACACAGUGUUCCCAGGAGGGGCUGAACAGGACAGAGUCCAUAUGAUCACAUUUGCUUUUUUUGGCUGCAGUAUCAUACUGUUGAUGUAUAUUGACCUUGCAGCCUAUCAAGUCCUACCUCCCCCCAAGUCUUUUUCUGAUAAACUACUAUCUCCUACCUUAUCCUUGUAAAUGAUAUAUUUUUUAAAAUCCAUAGUACACAUUUGUUCUUGUUCAGUUUCAUCUUAAUACGAUCCACACUUUUGUUCUCAACACUGACUCAAUCGGUGGGCAUCUCAGAUUUCUUUCCACACCCCCUGGAGUAGUUUCUAGCACCAUGUCAUCUUGAUAGUUAGCAUCUAAAGAAUGUCCUGAUGCUUCUAAAUACACAACUCCACCACCACAAAAGUGCCAGCAAUUUUCUCCUAGCCCAACCCCUGAUGUACAGCUGUUCUGCCUUCCAAUAUGAGUGAUGAGCCUGGAGAGAAGUUUUGGGGAGAGUCUUCAAGAGUAAUCAAAUUCAUGGCUAAUCCCACAUUCUUGCUUUGGCCAUCAAUCCCUUUCAUUCACCAACAAUUCCAUCAGCACUGGAAAAAUGUUAACAUUAUUGUUUUGAUCUAAUCUUUCUCUUUGACCCUUUGUUCCUUCUACCAGAGCGGCUACAUAGCUACAGCAUGGCAGAUAUUAGGUAGUUAGAAGAGAAAUUGGAGAACUGGAUAAUCUAUAAGCUCUAUUUGUGUUUUGAGUAAUCAAGAUUUGACUUUUCUUUUGAUGAGGGAGGGGAAGGAGUACUACCCUUCUUCUAAACAAAGAUACUGGUAGCAAGGUAAAUCAAACUGGCAUUUUUUCUCCCCACCCAGAAUUUUAUGAUCCUGGGCCGGUAGUCAGGUGGCAAUUUCCAAAGCUGAUUAAAACAUUGGCAAACAUGAUCCAGUAGCACUGGGCAAGGACAGUCAUCUUAAAGCAGCCAAGCAUGUCAGCUAUAGUCAUGAAUUUCUUUCAAGCAAUAAAUACCUAAUGAAAGUCCUUUAGUCAAUAUUUCUCAAGGACCUGUGAAAUAUUAGAGGAACUCAAAAGGUACAUCACAUACUAAUUAUGUAUGUAUUUUAAUGUGCCAAAUCUCUCUUAUUGCCCUGUCAAGCAAUAAGCUUAGAGAGCCUUAUCCUCAAACUGAUCAAAAAGUACUAGUUUUAUUAUAAAGAAAACAACUUUGAAAGACAUGACAACUCUGAUGCAACAGCUAAAAGUCUAGAAGACAAAUGAUGCAAAUCAUCCACCACUUGACAGAGAGAUGAAAGACUCAAGAUGGCAAAUAGACAUAUUUUUGGACCCAGCCAACUUAAGAAUUUGUUUGCUUGAUUAUAUAUUUAUUAUAGAUGGCUUUUUUCUUUUUUCCAGGCAUGGAACAGUGAAAAAAAGAAAAGGAAAUAAAGAAAUAAAAAGAUAGAAAGAAGGAAAGAAAAAAGGAAAGAAAAGAGGGAAGGGAAAAAAAGGAAGGAAGGAAGAAAAGGGGGCCAAGAGAGAUUUUUGAAAAAAAUGUAGAGAAGAGAAUGAAGGCCCGAACAGUACAGUUGAGCAGAACAGCUUUGAAAACCAGUCUUUACUUUUUAUAUACUUAAAGAAAAACAAGCUCUAUACAAUAGAAAUCUUCAGUUUCAUGUAUAAUCCUCUUUUUCUGUUCUAUGAUGUGUUUAGAAAUGCCCAUUUUAUUUGGUGUUAAGUUCAGAAUAAAAGUCUACCCUUUCAUCUACGAAGUCUUUUUGAA